CUGGUUUGUUGAUGUUCUUUUGAGGUAGACUUUUUAAAAGUAUAUUCUUUGUUAAAUACAGUUAUUUCAGUCAUGUUAAAGUCUAAAACAUUCGUUAGAAAGACCCGGUCGGGUGGGGUGAUGAAGAUAGUGCGAGAACACUACUUAAGAGAUGAUAUUUGGUGUGGAAGUGAGAUCUGUACGCAGUGUAAGCAAGAAUCAACUGAGCUGCAGAAAGACCCGUGCAUUGAAAGCAACUUGUGUUCGUUCCCACAUUAUUUGCUUCCAGACACAAAUGUUGUACUACAUCAGAUCGAUGUCCUGGAGGACCCAUUAAUCAGGAACGUGAUCGUUCUCCAGACUGUAUUACAGGAGGUACGACACCGAAGCGCACCCGUCUACAAGAGGCUGAAAGACAUCCUUCACGAGAAGGAGAAACAUUUCUAUACGUUUACCAACGAACAUCACAGGGAGACCUUCAUAGAGCGAGAGCCAGGCGAGAGUGCCAACGACCGUAAUGACAGAGCGAUCCGUGUGGCAGCCCAGUGGUACGGCGGGCACCUGGGGAAGGCGCCGGAGGGGGCGGGUCUGAAGGUGGUCCUCCUGACCAAUGACAGAGGGAAUAAGGAGAAGGCGGAGGAGAGUGGCCUGCUAACCUUCAGAUGUGAGGAGUACAUUAAGAGCCUGAUAGCCAACCCAGAGCUUGUGGACCGUCUCGCCCUGACCAACGACGACAAGAAUGAGAUCAGCAGCAGUAAAGUGUUGUUCCCGGAGCACCUGCCCCUGUCCAGGAUCCAGGCAGGCAUCAAGAGUGGCACCUACAUCCAGGGGACCUUCAGAGCCAGCAGGGACAACUACCUGGAGGCUACUGUCUUUGUACAGGGGGAUGAAGGAGAGAGCACAGAGGUUCUCCUCCAGGGCCUGCAGAACCUGAACCGGGCCGUCUACCAGGACGUGGUUGCUGUGGAACUGUUGCCACGGGAACAGUGGGUGGCGCCGUCCUCGGUGGUCCUGCAGGACGAGGGGCCGAAGGACGAAGAUGCCCCUGAGGAGGAGGAGAAGGCGCUGAGGACCACGGCGGGCCAGAUGGAAGCCAGGAAGCCCACAGGACGGGUGGUGGGCAUCAUCAAGAGGAACUGGAGACCCUUCUGUGGCAUGCUCAACAUGUCCCAGAUCAAAGAGUCGACGCGCCACCUCUUCACCCCAGCCGACAGGCGUAUCCCCAGGAUCCGCAUUGAGACGCGCCAGGCGGCCACGCUGGCGGGGCAAAGGAUCAUGGUCUCCAUCGACGGCUGGCCCAAACACUCCAGAUACCCCAACGGUCAUUUUGUACGUAGCCUGGGCAACGCAGGAGACAAGGGCACUGAGAUGGAGGUGCUCCUGCUGGAGCAUGAUGUCCCUCACCAGGACUUCUCCCAGUCCGUGCUCAGCUUCCUGCCCCAGAUGCCCUGGGCCAUCACGCAGGAGGACAUGCAGGUGCGUGAGGACCUGAGAGAGCUGAGUGUCUGCAGCGUGGAUCCUCCCGGCUGCACCGAUAUAGAUGACGCCCUGCACUGUAGAGACCUGGCCAACGGUAACCUGGAGGUGGGUGUUCACAUCGCGGACGUCAGCCACUUCAUCCGCCCCGGCAACGCUAUGGAUAAGGAGGCAGCCAACAGAGGAACCACGGUCUAUCUGUGUGGACGGAGAAUCGACAUGGUCCCCGAGCUCCUCAGCUCCAACUUGUGCUCCCUGCGCUCCAAUGUGGAGAGGCUGGCUUUCUCCUGUAUCUGGGAGAUUAACGACAAGGCUGAGAUUCUGAAGACACGAUUCACCAAGAGUGUCAUAAACUCUAAGGCGUCCCUCACAUACGCGGAGGCCCAGAUGAGGAUUGACGACGCCCACAUGAAUGAUGACAUCACCAAGAGCUUGCGAGGUCUGAACAGAUUGGCCAAGAUCCUGAAGAGACAGAGGAUAGAGAAAGGAGCACUGACCCUAUCCUCUCCAGAAGUUCGCUUCCAUAUCGACAGCGAGACCCACGACCCCAUCGACCUGCAGGCAAAGGAGCUAAAAGAGACCAACUCCAUGGUGGAGGAGUUCAUGUUGCUAGCCAACAUCUCCGUAGCGCAGAAGAUCUAUGAGGAGUUUCCGGAAUGUGCUGUCCUCAGGAAGCACCCCGCUCCUCCGCCCUCCAACUACGACAUCCUCCACAGGGCCGCCAAGUCCAAGGAGCUGGACAUCCACACGGACUCGGCCAAGGCCCUGGCCGACUCCCUGGACGCGGCCCAGGUGGUGGGCUUCCCCUACUUCAACACCCUGCUGAGGAUCUUGGCCACGCGCUGCAUGAUGCAGGCCGUCUACUUCUGCUCGGGCCUGGACGGGGACUUCCACCACUACGGCCUGGCCUCGCCCAUCUACACGCACUUCACCUCGCCUAUCAGGAGAUACUCGGACAUCAUCGUGCAUCGUCUGUUGGCGGUCGCCAUUGGAGCAGACAGCACUUACCCAGAUCUGAUGGAUAAGCACAAGCAGUCUGGCCUGUGCAACAACCUCAACUACCGCCACAAGAUGGCGCAGUACGCCCAGAGGGCCUCGGUGGCAUUCCACACACAGCUGUUUUUCCGGAACCGAGGCAUCCUGAACGAGGAGGGCUUCAUCCUCUUUGUGAGAAAGAACGCCAUCAUCAUCCUCAUCCCCAAGUUUGGUCUGGAGGGCACGGUGUUCUUCGAGAACAAGGACAAGCCUGGCCCCAAGCUGAGCUUCCAAGAGGAGGGUCCUACUCUGAAGGUGGAGGAUCACACCUUCAACAUGUUUGACAAGGUGAAGGUGACCAUCAGUCUGGACUCCUCCAACAUCCAGCACCAGAAGAUCCGGAUGUCCCUGAUUGAGCCGAUGAUCCCUGGUGUGAGUGUUCCAGCACCUGAAGUGGAACCCGACGCCAAGAAGGCCAAAUUAGACCGCUGACGACAACCACAAACCCACACCUCCCUCUCCACCCAGUCAUGUGACCUGCGUCACUCUGAGCGCCUUUUCACUUCUGUUUAUUUUCUGUAUGGCUCUCUGUAAACCUCUAAAUAAAAUGUAGUGUUUUUAAUCCAGAA